AGUGUAUCCCCCCUUCGUCCAGUGCAGGGCUGCUGCUGAGAGGCUGUGAGACCUCGCCACGGUUCCUCUUACCGGCCGGUCGCCGCAACCGCCGCAGCACUCGUCGGCCGGUGGCCGCCGCCCGCCGUACCGGCCUUCCGUUCCCUUGAGCUCCCAGAAACCAUGGCAUGGGGAGGCCUCUUCUUGAGCCUGAGCCGCCCCACACCGGAGCAGCAGAAGUCGUGCCUGGCGGCUGCCGGCGGCUUCAAUUACGACACGGACCUCCAUGGCGCCACCCACCCGAAAUCACCAGCCGCAUUAACAACCGCUGAAGACUCCGACAGGGUGCUGGCGGACCGCGGCUUCUCCGUGAACCGCUCGCGCGUCCUCGUCGGAUCCGGCGCCGACACCUUCCGCCACGCCAAGUCGGCCCUCCUCUCCUGGAAGCAUCUGGCGCUGGGGUGGGCGGAGGCGGAGCCGGGCACGCCGGUGAAGAUCGGCGCGAGGUUCUGCAUCUGCUACAAGGAGGUGGUCCCCUGGGUGAUGUUCCCGCUGCAGAUCGCCUACGUCACGGACGACAAGUACAAUGGCGGCAAGCGCGGGAAAGGCGGCGUGUUCGCGUUCGGCAGCGGCACCCUGCAGGGCCAUCUGCUGGCCGGGGAGGAGCGGUUCUCGGUGGAGGUGGACGCGGAGGAGCGGGUGUGGUACGAGGUGGUGUCCUUCUCCAAGCCGGCGCACCCGCUGUCGGCGCUGUGCUACCCCUACGUGCGCCUCCGGCAGAGGCACUUCGCGCGGGAGUCCGGCAAGGCGGUGCUCAGGCACGUCGCCGCCGCCUGCUCCUCCUCCAGGACGCCGCCGCCGACGCAGUGAAGAGGCCCUGCAUCUUCUUCUCUGUAGACUGAGGGGAGGGAUGGAGCUGCUUCCAUUGGGUGAGUGUAUGUACAUGUGGCAGAACAAAGAGAAAGAUGGCAGGUCGCUCUCGUGGUUCCAGUCCUUUUUUCCUUUUUCUUUUUUGAAAUAAUUUAUUUUCCAGCCUUUGUUAGACAUCAGCUGCCUAAUUUUUUGUACUGACGUCGGCCGCGACGGAACGACGUGAGUUUCUUCCUCGUCAGAGACGGGGUGCAGGGCUGUUGCCGGCGAACA